GGCAAACUGUGGUGACGGGCUAAGGCUAUUCGCUAAGAAAGCGGGUCACGUGAACGCCGCCGUCUAGUUAUUACGAAACAGUUUGGCUAAGGACAACGACGGAGGACGAAUGGAGACAACAGAAAUGAUUCAAAAUGCAACGGCCACAACAAAUUACAGGAGGAAUAUUAUAAUUCUUUCAUUUGCUUCAAUUAUAUUGAUCCCUUCGCUUAUAUUAAAUUCACUUCUAAUCUACAUAAUAGUCCAUGUGAAUAAGAGAAGGAUAAGAGCAAAUUACAUACUGAUAUUGAAUAACUCAUUAACUGGUCUCUUCUCUUCAAUUUUACUAUUGCCCAUCGUUUUUGCCGCCUUUCUUCCUACUGCUGAGCUCAAUUGCAACAGAAUUUGCAGCGUUCUCAUGAUACUGGAAAAUACCCUUGUUAUAUCCAAUAUUUGGGGCGUCGCCUGCAUAGCAGCUGACCGUUACGCUUUCAUUGGCAAAGGCACAGCUUACAAGACUUGUGCAACCGUUAAAAAGGCGUCAUUCGCGGCUCUAGGCGUUUGGACGUUAUCGAUAACAUUCGGUGGAGCUGCGUUCUUUCUAUCGAAAAGCUACGAACCUGGAGUAGAUAAAAGAUUUUGCAUAUGUCACCUAACCAUCGAUUUUUAUGGGAUCUAUCACCUUUUAUACAGCGCUACUUUUGUUAGCAUUGGUUAUUUACUACCCUCCACUUUUUUCUUCUUCUUCUAUGCGUUCGUUCUGAAGGCGGCUCGUAACCGAGCUGACAGAGACACCAAAAAUCCGUUUCGAGGAGACGUCACUGGUCAGCCAAGCUGUCAGUUUAAAUUCUACCGUGUAAAGGCGAUUAGGAUCGUCUGCGUUGUUCUCAUCCUAUACACCCUGCAAACGUUACCUUAUUUCUGCACGCACGUUACUAAACAAACUCCAACAAACGAAGAACAAUAUAUUGAAUCUAUAUUAUUCCUUCUUUUACUGCUCACUUCAUCUGUUAGUAACCCGAUUGUGUACGGAUUAUUUAAUAGCAGAUUAAGAACGUCUUUGCUAUGUUACUUUAAAAGAAAAAUUAAGAGAAGGUCAAAUAGGUCAAAGAAUACGGAUUUGAGUAUGGCCUCCGAAAUAAGCGCCCUCUCAGAAAGAAACGAUCACCAGGAAUGUGAAGAUGAAGAGGAAGAGUGCAAAUAGUAAUAAUAAACAAAUAGAGGACUGGACUCCUUAAUUCUUUCAUAAAUCUCUAUUUACUUAAUCAUUAUGCGUCUAUUGCUUCCCUCUUCGCUCAACAAUAGAACCCUCAUAUUUAGAAACCCCUAUAAUAUUCCCUUCUUCAAUCCACAAUCUCCCCUUCCCCACCACCUUCCCCUCCCCUUUCCACCCCAUUCUACAGUUGUUUCCUUUGUCUAUAACAAACUCUCCGUGACUUUUUUGCCCUUUCCUAUCUUACCUCAUCUCGCCCUCUAUACCCCUUCCCACUCUGCGAAUCGAGAAUGUCGACGCUUGUUAGGCUAGAAAUCUUUUAUGAAACAAAUAAGGCAAAAAAAAUUAUGUUGGAAGAUUAAUAAAAGAAAUAGCAAAGAGAAAAUCUUCUUCCUUUGUUUUUCAUAUAAAAAAUGAGAGUUUUCCAUAUAAUAUUCAUAGGAGAAAUACAUAUCUCCAAGCGUUAUCGGUCAGAUAAAAAGAGGCAGCAAUAGAUCCCAUUUGGGUACUAUUAAAAAUAGUGAUAUAUUCAAUACAUUAUAAAAGGUAUAUUAUAUGUUUAUUUAUUAUUUAUUACAUAAAAAAC